GGGUGAGAGAAGGUUAAGUGCAGCAGGAAUUAGACAGGCAGAAUGGCCUGCUCCCAUGUGGGACGAGUCCCGUUCCAAAGACUCAACAUCCACCUCAGCCCAGUGUUCAAAGGGCAGUUGAAUCAUCAGUGAGACUUGGCCCACACCCUUGGAGUGGAUGCUGAUAAAAAGGCUGGGCAGGAGAGAGGUUUCACUCUCUCGCCCUGUUACCUCCAGGACGAGAUUUGGUCUAUUCCUGUAGCAAUCUCCUUCCCUCCCCAGGAAUCUGUUCUGGCAAUCCCCCUUCCUUCUAGUCUCGGACCACAUCUUGGAACCCCUUGACUAGGAUGUAAUUUCAGAAUGUUCUUGGCUUCGAUUCUCUCCACGGUCCUGUAUUACUGUUCCGCGUCAGUCGAGAUUGCAGAGACCCAUCCAGCAAAAGACAAUCACCUGUCAGCUGUUAGCUGGUGUUUGGGCGUUUUUACCAAGUUGGGUUAUUACACUGGGUCAGUAACGUACACUGUGACCGGGGAGGAGUGCCUGAAAUGGACAGAAUUCCCAGACUAUGUCCAGCAGUAUCCCAACAAGGGUCUUGGUGACCAUAACUUUUGCCGCAGCCCGGAUGGUGAACCAGUUCCGUGGUGUUUUUACAGGAAGAAAACGGGGUCCAUUAGUUGGUCAGAAUGUGACUGCAAUCACGGUGCCAUCCGACUGAGUGGAGGAGCUGGUCAACAUGAGGGAAGGGUGGAGUUACUGUACAAUGGACAAUGGGGCACUGUCUGUGAUAAGACCUGGGAUGAUCGAGAUGCCAGUGUGGUCUGUCGUCAGCUAAGCUUGAGUGAAAUAGGUGUGGCCAAGAAGAAUUCAUUGUUCGGCCCUGGAUCAGGUCCCAUUCAUAUGGACGGAGUUCACUGUCGAGGUGACGAAGCCGCCUUGCUACAAUGUCGAAACAGCACAUUAGCGCGUGGAACUUGCAGACAUGACAAUGGUGCAGGGGUCGUGUGUGGACUUCCAGAAGGUUCAGUAACGCCCAUCCGUCUGGUUGGAGGGAAAGAGGACAAUGAGGGCCGUCUGGAGGUCUUCCAUGGUGGGGAGUGGGGCACUGUGUGUGAUGACCACUGGGACGAUUUGGACGCAGAAGUUGUCUGUAGACAGUUAGGUUUAAGUGGCACUGCCAAGUCCUGGAUGUUGUCCCACUUUGGUCACGGCUCUGGUGUAAUCCUAUUGGAUGAUGUUGAGUGCACUGGCAAUGAGCUGCAUUUGGACGAAUGUAAGAAAAGCAACUGGAGACAGCACAACUGUGAGCAUGCAGAAGACGCUGGUGUCUCCUGCAACCCAUACGCAGAUGGUGCUAUCCGACUGAUUGGAGGCCGGGACUCCAGCGAGGGGAGGUUGGAAAUCUAUCGCAAUGGAGCCUGGGGUACAGUGUGUGAUGACAGAUGGACUGACAUGAACGCUCGGGUGGUUUGCAGGCAGCUUGGAUUCAGUGGCCCAGGGAUUGUGGCACCAGAGGCCAGGUUUGGUCAAGGGACUGGCUUCAUACUCCUGGAUGAGGUGGUUUGUACAGGGACUGAACUGAACCUCCUAGGUUGUGCUCGGAGCAACUGGGGUCAACAUGACUGCUCACACCACGAAGAUGUGGGCGUGAUGUGUGCACAGCAAGAGACCAACAAAAUAAGCGAGUCCAGUAUAGGGCCAGCUAUCCGCCUUGUGGAUGGAGAGAACAGCAAAGAGGGGCGUGUGGAGGUGUAUCUGGACGGAGAGUGGGGCAGUGUCUGUGAUGACGGUUGGACAGAUAGGGAUGCGAGAGUUGUCUGCAGGCAGCUGGGUUACAGCGGCCAGUCCAAAGCCAGAACAAUGGCCUAUUUCGGGGAGGGCCACGGACCUAUCCAUUUGGACAAUGUAAGGUGCACCGGCCAUGAGAACUCCCUGGAUGAGUGUGGCACCCCUGGUUUUGGAAUCCAUAACUGCUGGCACGGGGAAGAUGCAGGAGUUAUCUGUGAUUAUAAGGAGGAUGCACUCGAGGAGCUGAGCAGCGGCGUCUGUGGCCUCCGUUUGAUGAACCAUCGCAGAAAGCGUAUUAUUGGUGGAAAUAAGUCAAUCAGAGGUGGCUGGCCAUGGCAAGCUUCACUGAGGCUCAAGACGUUUCACCGAGAGAGUCGUUUACUGUGCGGAGCUACAUUAAUCAGUAACUGCUGGGUGCUGACUGCAGCUCACUGCUUCAAGAGGUUUGGUAAUGAGACGAGACAUUACUACAUCCGUGUCGGAGAUUACCACACAGCUGUGGAGGAUGAGUAUGAGCGAGAAAUCCCCAUUGAAAGGAUUGUCACGCACAACAACUACAAGCCAGACAGCAGUGACAAUGACAUAGCGCUGGUCAGAAUGAAGGGGAAGGAAGGCCAUUGUGUGACAUUCAAUCAGUAUGCAACCCCAGUCUGUCUGCCAGCCAGGAAGGAAAGGAUCAGAAUUAACAAGCAAUCCUGCUAUAUUACUGGCUGGGGAGAUACAGGAAGAUCCUACUCACGGACUUUACUGCAAGGUGCGGUCCCCCUACUGCCAAAGAAGAUUUGCAAAAGCCGCUACAGGGACAAGUUUACCCCCCGUAUGAUUUGUGCGGGCAAUCUGUCCGAGCACAAGAGAGUUGAUAGUUGCCAGGGCGACAGCGGUGGCCCUCUGAUGUGCCAACGCAUGGGUGGACGUUGGGUCAUCUUGGGCAUCACCUCGUGGGGUUACGGAUGUGGACGGAAGGACUCCCCUGGCGUUUACACAAAAGUGGCCAAAUUCGUCUCUUGGAUCAAGAAAGUGACGGAAACCAAAGUGAAAGGACACAGAAAGCCAGUGAGCUAGCGAGCUCAGAAGGAAUAAACGUGUGCGGGAAAGGGGUGAGGGUGGGGAGGGGUGUGGUGGGCUGAAAAACAAUAAGCUGCCAAAUUUAUUUCUUACACAAAUGAAGCAAAGAUCUCUCAGAGUGAUAACUGUGUUAUAACCUCUCUCUGUGUCAGGAGUUUGACAGCUGUCAACAAACACAGUGUUAGAACCAACUCUGACCAUCAAUCUACGACAGGGUUAGGCUGAGGGUAUCACUGGCAGUGUCAUCAUUUAUUGCCCAUCCCUAAUGGUCAAGAGGGCAGCUAAGAGUCAACCACGUCGCUGUGGGUCUGGAAUCACAUGUAGGCUAGACCAAGUAAGGAAGGCAGUUUCCUUCUCAAAAGGACAUUACUGUACCAGAUGGGUUUAUUCCUGAAAAUGAGCAAUGGUUCUGUGGUCAUCAUUAGACUCUUAACCCCAGAUUUGUUUUUAAUUAUGUUCAAAUUCCACCAUCUGCUGAUUCGAAUCCUGGUCCCAGAACAUUACCUGGGUCGCUGGAUUAAUGGUCCAGCAAUAAUACCACUGGGGCGUCGUUUCGCCUAAUUGCAACUUGCAUUUUGCAAUUCCUUUGACGGUUAUUUAAAUACAGAUUGGCAUCUUCUUUCUCACUA